AUGUCAGAUGUUACCCCUUCAUCAGAUUCAGCUUCAGCUCCCUCACUCAUUCACUCGAGAGAGCUGAAGCUUGUCUUCUUCAGCAACGAGUUUCCCCACGACGACAGAAAGACGUUAAUAAGGCGUCUCGUCGCCCACAGUAAAGGCAAGCAGUAUCCUAUUCUUGCGCGGUUCAUCCAUGAAGCCACAUUGGCUCUUCGUGAAGAGGUUCGCCAGCUCCCUACACAUUUUCGGGAGCUGAUUCCUCAUUUUGAGUGCAUCUUUGACCUGGCCGACGAGGCAAAGCACAUCAAGGGGCCAUUCGGUUGCUCCAUUGACGAGGUUCUGCUCUGCGCUGUGCAGUUGGCCACAUUCAUCGGCUACUACGAGGAUGGAAAAGACAGUUAUGACUUCCACAGCGUGGAUGCCUGCCUGGCUGGACUGGGCGCCGGACUUUUGAUGACGGCAGCAGUGUCUCUUGCCCCAACACUUGGCGAUAUACCUGUUGUUGGAGCCGAGGUGAUUCGUGUAGCCUUCCGACUGGUUGUUCUUGUCGAUCAAGUAUCACAGAACUUACAGCCAAAGCCCGCUGAGGGUACCGGGGAUAGCUGGGCCUAUAUAGUGCCGGGAGUUGGGGCUGAAGAUGCUCAUAAGGAGCUUGAUGCCUUUCAUGCAGUCGAGCUUACCCCAGAGGCCAGCAAAAUCUUCAUCAGCGCCAUAAGCCGUGCCUCUGUAAUCGUCAGCGGCCCACCAGCACGGCUUAAGCACCUCUUUUCCGUGUCCAACUUCUUCCGAAGCCGCGACUGGUCGAUGAUGCAGGUAUACGGCGGCCUGGGCCACGCACCUCACGUAUUCAACUCUGUGCAUACCGACCAGGUCGUGGACAUUCCAUCAAUGAAGUUGCUGGAUGCGCGCUACUCACCUGGCGUUCCCGUCUUUUCCAUAUCAACGGGCGAGCCGUUCUCAGUCAGCAGUGCCAGCGAGCUGUUCCGGAACAUAAUCGAUGACCUUCUCGUAGGGCUCAUCCAGUUCGACAAGGUUAUCGAGGGUAUCCUGCGAAAAGCAAAAUACUUGGAAGCGAUAGAAUGCCAGAUUCUCAUUUUUCGUACAUCAUUCCCCGUGCGAGAUCUGCUCAAGGCAAUUCAGGAGCAAGAACAGCAAGGCUUGAGCAUUCUACGAGCCUCGGUGCGGGACUUGAUUCCGUGGGUGAGUGAGGCUGCAACACCACAAACGACUCGAGACACCUCGCAGUCCAAUAUUGCCAUUGUGGGAAUGGCAUGCCGAUUGCCCGCAGGGGCAACUGAUACGGACAAGUUCUGGGAUAUCCUAGACGCUGGGCUGGAUGUCCACCGUAAGAUUCCGGCAGAUCGCUUCAACGUCGAUACGCAUUACGAUCCUACAGGGAAACGCAUGAACACAAGCUUUACGCCGUACGGCUGCUUCAUCGACGGUCCAGGCCUCUUCGAUGCGCCCUUCUUCAACAUGUCGCCCCGUGAAGCUCAACAGACCGAUCCAAUGCAGCGAUUGGUCAUUGCCACGGCCUAUGAGGCUCUUGAGCGUGCCGGCUACGUCGCAAACCGUACCGAAUCGUCAAAGCUGGAGCGUGUGGGCUCUUUCUAUGGACAAGCUAGCGAUGAUUACCAUGAGGUCAACUCAGGUCAGGAAAUCGGCACCUACUUUGUAACAGGAGGAUGUCGAGCCUUUGGGCCGGGACGAAUCAACUACUUCUUCAAGUUUGCUGGCCCCAGCUACAGCGUCGAUACUGCCUGUUCAUCCGGUUUGGCGACUAUUCACCUUGCGUGCAACUCUCUCUGGAACGGCGACACAGACAUGGCAGUGGCCGGCGGUACAAACGUACUCACCAACUCAGACGGCUUUGCUGGACUGAGUAACGGCCACUUCUUAUCCAAGACCCCCAACGCGUGCAAGACGUGGGACAGCGAGGCCGACGGAUAUUGCCGCGCGGAUGGUGUAGUUUCAUUGGUGCUGAAGAGACUCGAAGAUGCCGAGGCCGACAACGACAACAUCCUCGGUGUGAUUCUCGCUGCAGGAACCAAUCAUUCGGCUGAGGCGGUCUCCAUUACGCAUCCCCAUGCUGGCCAUCAAGCUGAUCUCACCCGAGCCUUACUGCGCAAAGCCGCCGUGGAUCCGCUGGAUAUCAGCUACAUUGAAAUGCAUGGUACUGGAACACAAGCUGGCGAUGCGCAGGAGUUCCAGUCAGUCUGCAACGUCUUUGCACCCCUGACAACACGCCGUCGUUCGUCAAAGCAGCCACUCUAUAUCGGCGCCGUCAAGUCCAAUAUCGGGCAUGGUGAGGCGGUGGCGGGCACAACAGCACUGCUCAAAGUGCUGUUGAUGUUCCAAAAGGGGGCCAUACCGAAGCACGUCGGCAUAAAAGGCGUGAUCAACCCAAGCUUCCCCAGCGAUCAGGAGAUGCAGCGCAGAAACCUUCAUAUUCCCUACGAAAAAGUGUCAUGGCAGCGCAAUACCGAGCGCAAGCGCGUUGUCGUCGUCAACAACUUCGGGGCAUCUGGCGGCAACUCCAGCCUCAUCAUCGAGGAGCCACCGUUACGAGAGAGGGCAGGGAAGAAUGAUCCCCGUGCAGCCCACCUCAUCGUGGUCUCAGCCAAGGGCAAAGUCUCGCUCAGGGCCAACCUGGAACGCCUGGUCGCUUACCUAGACGCGCAUCCGGAUGUUUCAAUGGCUGAUCUCGCUUAUACUACAACAGCCCGGCGUCAGCAUCACAACCACCGCGCAGCCAUUUCUGUGCCCGUAUCGUCGCCAGACGGCAUGGUGUCUACCUUGAAAAAGCAACUUGUCGCGCACAUUGAGUCAGCGGAUACACACAAGCCUAUUCCCCAUACAGGUCCCCCGCGAGUGGUGUUUGCAUUUACUGGUCAAGGGGCUUCCCACCGAUCAAUGGACCUUGGGCUGUUCCGUGAGUCUCCAGUCUUUCGCGAACAAAUUCUCCAUCUCGACUCGUUGGUCCAAGGCCAGGGCUUUCCAUCGAUCAUCCCCGUCAUCGACGGCAGUUAUUCACAGGACCAUGCGCAUUCCCCAAUCAGGACACAUCUCGCCCUUGUCUGCAUCGAAAUUGCGCUCGCCAAGUAUUGGAACUCGCUCGGGGUAUAUCCUAAUGUAGUUGUCGGCCACAGCCUGGGCGAGUAUGCUGCAUUACAUGUUGCUGGUGUUCUCUCAGCCGCGGAUACCAUCUUCCUGGUUGGCAGCCGCGCCAUCUUCUUGGAGCAGAAGUGUACGAGCGGCAGCCAUAAGAUGUUGGCUGUGAAAGCACCUCUUGAUACGAUAAGCGAGAUAGCUAAAGCCAAAGAUCUGCCCUUUGAAGUCUCAUGUAUCAAUGGACCAAGUGACACGGUCCUCAGCGGACCCAGGGCUGAUAUGGACGCCUUGGCGGCUGCUCUGCAGGAAUCUGGCCCAGAUGGUCCCGGACUCAAGUGCUCUCUUUUGGAUAUAGCCUUUGCUUUCCACUCCUCCCAGACAGACUCAAUGUUGGAUGAAUAUGAGGAUUUGGCAAGCAAAGGCGUGAUUUACCAUGCACCCACCAUUCCCAUCAUAUCGCCGCUGCUGGGCCGCUGUAUCUUUGACGAAAAGGUAAUCAAUGCGAAUUAUCUGCGACGUGCAGCUCGUGAGCCUGUCCAUUUCGUCGCCGGCAUCAAGGCUGCGCACCACGCUGGAUUAAUUGACGAGUCCAUGGCGUGGGUUGAGAUUGGCCCUCAUCCCGUAUGCCUCGGCCUGGCUCGCAGCAUCUUGGCCGAUUCAUUCUCUCUGCCAGUGGCUGCACCGUCCAUGCGACGGAGCGAAGACGACUGGAAGACACUGAGUCACUCGCUGGGCCUCCUGUAUAGUGCUGGUGUGCCGCUGCGCUUUGAUGAGUUCCAUCGUCCAUUCGAGCAUUUGCUGCGCCUCUUGGAUCUGCCAACGUAUGCAUGGAACGACAAGAAUUACUGGCUCCAGUAUAAUGGCGAUUGGGCUCUCUCCAAGGGCAAUACUUUCUAUGACGAAGAGAAGAAACAGCUGCUGCUACAAGAGCAGACGAGAACCACUCAGACGCUCCCACGCUCUAGCCUUAGAACGUCGCUAGUCCAUGAAGUUGUAGAAGAGACGUUUGAUGGCUCUGCCGGCCGCGUUGUUGUGCACUCUGAUUUAGUGCAGCCUGAUUUCCUGAAAGCUGCGCGUGGCCAUCAGAUGAACGGAGCAGGCGUAGUCACUUCGUCUAUCCACGCAGACAUUGCCUUCACCCUUGGCAAAUACCUCUAUGAGAACCUGCGACCACAGGCAAAGGUGGGAGGUGCUGCCAUCGACAUGGAAGUGUACAAUAUGUCUGUACGCGAGGGCAUAGUAGCGCAGAAGAAUACAAAUGUGCCGCAGAUGAUCCAGGUGUCCAUCUCUACCUCCAACAUUGACUCAGGGGUAGCCGGCCUCGAGUGGCAUAACCUCGCAUCUGAUGCUUCCGCGCUCGCUGAUGAAGAGCCCAUAGUGACGGCCCAGAUCCGCUACGGGUCUUCAGCCGACAAUCUUGUCAGCUGGAUGCCGAUGACGCAUCUGGUAAAAAGCCGCAUCGACGCCCUUCAAGACCUCGCUGAGAAGGGCAUAGCAAACCGGCUGUCUCACAGUAUGGCAUAUCUCCUCUUCUCCAACAACCUGGUCCACUACGCAGACGAGUACCGGGGCAUGCAGUCGGUGGUGAUGCACGAACUCGAGGGCUUUGCCGAGGUGACGCUCACGUCCAAGUCCAGCGGCGUUUGGACUGUUCCGCCAUUCUUCAUCGACAGCGUUGCCCACUUGGCGGGUUUCGUAAUGAACGUGUCCGACGCCAUAGACACUCGCGCCAACUUUUGCGUCACCCCUGGCUGUGGCUCGUUGCGUAUCGCUCGCCCACUCGUUGCCGGAGCCAAGUAUCAAUCCUAUGUCAUGAUGAUUCCGACUACUGAGGACCCAACCGUCUAUCUGGGCGAUGUUUACAUCUUGCAGGAGGGCGAGAUCAUUGGCCUUGCUCGGGCCAUCAAAUUCCGACGCUAUCCUCGAGUGCUUCUCAACCGAUUCUUUUCGCCGCCUGACAUUAAGAACGGCGGCAGUGUCACCACUAAAGCCCAUAGUACAGUAUCAAAGCCUGUCGUGUCUAAACCUGUCAUAUCGAAGCCGGCGGUGACGAAAUAUGACAAGUCAAAACCUGACGUCGCUGUUACCAAGGUUGUCGUGACAGAAGUCAAGUUGGACCACGAAAAGGAGCAGUCGCUAGACAUACCAGUACAGACGCCAAUAGUCGUUGCUCACGCCUCCGUCCCUAUGCCAAUCCCCAUCUCUGCGGUGGCUCCAGUUAUGGCGGCGCCACCCGCGGCGGACAGCACGGCCAGUAAAGCCAUGGCGCUUCUAGCCGACGAAUCGGGCCUUGAUCCAGCUGAUCUAACCGACGACGCCAACUUUAUGCAUCUAGGGGUUGACAGCCUGAUGAGCCUCGUCAUUGCUGAGAAGUUUCGGGAGGAGCUCGGCGUUGUGGUAAAUGGCAGCUUAUUCUUGGAGUACCAGACGGUAGGAGACUUGCGUGCGUGGUUGGUAGAGUACUACAGCUAA